GGGCGGCACAGUUAAGCAACUGGAACAAGAGUUUAGAACCUUGGCUAGGUUCUUGCCGGAGUACGCGGUUGAUGAGAACCGCAUGACGGAGCACUUUUGGGAUGCCCUACUCUUGGACAUCCGUGACCGAGCUACGUACUCGCGCCACAUGACCUUCAGUGAGGUGGUGGAGCAGGGCCUUCUCGGGGAGGCCCAAUGGAAUGAGAGAAAAGAGAGAGACGCCGAGGAGGCGAAAAAGAGGAAAUGGCAAAGUUCGGGGCCGCCCGAGCAAGCACGAAAGGAUAAGCACGGUGGAGGUGGCGGUUCGUUCAAGACACCGGCACCACCGGCAAAGAAGAACAGGGAUGCUCGGUGGCAUGCAUCCUCCUCACAAAGGACGGGGCCUCCAAAGUGUGCCAAUUGUUCGAAAAAUCAUUUUGGGAAGUGCAAUGCACCCCCAAGGUGUUAUCGAUGCGGGAACACGGGCCACAUGAAGGCAAAUUGCCCACAAUUAGGGGGGGGAGGAGCUUCGGGAUCCGGAGGAGGAACCAUGACGGGAAGAAACCGUGCGGGACCGUCAAACGGCGGUACGGGAAGAGGCGGCGCGUCCACAAGCCAUGCCGCGUCCGUAAAUCAAGGCGGGACCCAAGCACGAGUGUACGCAAUGACCGAGGCGGAUGCGCGAGCAAACCCGGACUCCGUUGCAGGUUGAAGCUAGAGCUUGCUACUUGCACCUUCUCACGGGUGAUAUCAAACCAGGGAGACGUGGUUCGUGCUUCCUUAUUUUCUUUCAAACUACCGAACACUUGCUCAUGGAUAUUUGUUUUACUACAAACUAUUUUUGGGGCUUGCAUGCCCAUGUUGUCGGCCGGUUGUGGCCCAUGACUUACCGUUGAAUAUUUCCGCUAUUCAUUGGUUUAAUGUGAUGUUGUUAUGUAUGUUUA